CAGGGAGCCCCGCCCACCGCCCUCUCGCACAGGUGAGGGCGGGGCCUUAAAUACCCGGAAGCGGAGGGACUCCGCUCUGUCCAGAGCAGGGCGAGGAAGAAGGAAGGAAGCUGGUGCCUCCAGUGUGGUCUUCUCAGAUGUUUCCUUUGAAAGGAUGAGUGGGCUGGAGAUGACCUGUUCCCUGUCAUCAUCUGGAAGUAGCCAGAGGCUUGGAGGCAAAGCAGAAGUCCCUGUGCUGGCUCCUCUUUUUCUACGUGGAACUGGAAUAGGCUCCUGGAGGCCUUACCACCUCUGAGCCUUCCUUGAGCCUCAGGGGUGAACUUUGGUCCUUCGGGCUCUGAAGUUGAACAGUGUCUCCUAGACUUUGUGUUCAUAGUGGGAGCGUGCCGUAGCCCUGUGCCAAAAUAGGGCCUCCUGGAGCUUUGCGCCUUGAACGGCAGGACUCGGAUCAGUGGGCUGGAAACCCAAAUACAAGGAAGAUGUCGGAAUCACGGGUGAAAAGGCUGGCCACAACUUUGAUGGAUGCCACAACGGAUAAGGACCCGCAGGUCCAUGAGCAAAUCUUCAGUGCUCUGUGCUUCUUGGGAGCAGAAGAGCCCGAAGAGAUCCUGAACGCCUGCGAGGAGUAUCUGCGGCAGCAUGACAAGCUGGCUUACCCGCACCGUAUAAUUAUCCUGAGGGCCAUGGAAGCGGUGGUGAGGAGCAGCCUUGCUCACCUUGACAAAAGCACAGCAAAGAUUGUCAUCUUCUUGGCCUCCAAUGAAAUGACCAAAUCGAAGGACGUCAUCUUUGAGUGGCAGCAGGCUGCAAGCAACGUGCUCGUGGCUGUCGGGAGACGCUUCAUCAACAAGGUGAUGGAGGAGGUGCUGACCAAAUUCCAGCCGGGAGUCCUGCCGCACUACUUCAUUGUGCAGACGUUUGCCAACCUUUCCGUGGCAAAUGUGUUUGGGAUGGUGCCUUUCCUCAACUCCAUCCUGGGGACCAUGCUGCCCAUGCUGCUGAUGGCCAAGCAGGAGAACAUGAAGUCCGUCUUCUGCUACGCUUUGCAGUACUUCAGUGAGAGCAUCCAGGAGUACCUGGCGAACCUGGACAAGGCCCCCGACCCGACCGUGAGGCGCGACACCUUCUCCAACGAGAUCUUCAGUGCCUACGAAGUGCUCUUCAACAGCUGGCUGCACAGCCGGGAAACCAAGCUGAGACUGGCGGUGGUGGAGGCCCUGGGCCCCAUGAGCCACCUGAUGCCCAGCGAGAGGCUGGAGGAGCAGCUCGCCCGCCUCAUCCCAGGCAUCCUGGCGCUCUAUAGGAAGCCGGCAGAGGCCUACCACGUCUCCAAGAGUUUGUGCCAGAUCCUCGAAGCUUCCGUCAACAUAGGCAGCCGCACUUUGGACACACAGCUGGAUGCCCUCCUCAGUGCCCUGCACCUCCAGAUCUGUGCGCCUCUAGAUUCGUCCACUCCAGUCCCCUUGAAGAACCACAAUGAGGUCCUCCGUUGCUUCACGGUACUUGCCUCUUCGUUCCCAGACCGAGUCCUGGGGUUUCUGCUUCCAAAGCUGGAGUCGGGCAACGAGAGGACGCGGGUGGGAACCCUGACCAUCCUGCGGCAGAUCAUCAACAGUGCCUCUUCCCAGAUGGAGAUAAAGAAGCCCUUCAUCCUUUCUUCCAUGAAGCUGCCCCUGCAGGACAACAGCAACAAGGUGAAGCGGGCCGUGGUCCAAGUGAUUAGUGCGAUGGCCCACCACGGCUACUUGGAACAGCCUGGCGGAGAAGCCUUGAUCGAGUUCCUCGUCCGCCAGUGCGCUCUUCCUGUCAGCCAGUCCUCCCAGUUGCCCCGGAGACAUUCCCUGGAACUAGAGGACUUGACGGACGGCCAGGUCCGAGACAUCAGUGUGAACACGCUCUUCCUCAUCAGCACCACCGUCGACAGGAUGGCAGACGUCCUCUGGCCGUACCUGCUGGAGUUUGUGACUCCCGUCCACUUGACCAACGCCUUGAUCCCGCUCUGCAAGAGCCUCAUCUAUCUGGCAGCCCAGAGGCAAGAGGAGGAAGAGUCGGACUUCCAGCUCCUCUACGAUGCCAACGCAAACCUCCCGUCCCCUUAUGCUCUCCUGGCAAGGAUGCUGGUCGUCGCUUCCCGUCCUUACCUAGGAGAAGGCCGUGGGGCAGCAGCCCUCCGUCUCCUGGGAGUGCUGCACCCGAGUGUCCACAAAGCCCUCCAGCAGCUGUGGAGCCAGAAGAUCCCUGCUCUGGUGGAACAUCUGGAAGCGAACACAAAGGCAUCCCUGUCCCAGAAGGAAUGGGAAGAGCAGCUGCUGACGUUCCUUGAGCAGACCCUGACUACUAUUUCGGACACGCCGUGGACCUGUCAGCUGAUUCUGGAAAUGUACCGACAGCUGAGUAGCUACAGCGGGUCGUCUUCAGAGAAGAACUUCCUCUACAAGUGCAUUGGGACCGCCUUGGCUGCUUGUCCGGACAAGGACCUGGUGCGGAAACAGCUUCAAGAACUGCUGGAAACGGCCCGAUACCAGGAGGAGGCAGAGCGGGAGGGCUUGGCCUCCUGCCUGGGGCUGUGCGCAGUCAACCACCUGGAUGAGACCCUGGGCAAGCUGGAGGAGUUCGUGAAGUCCGACGUCUUCAAAAAGUCCGCAGGGCUCUUCAGUAUCUUCAAGGAUCGCAGCGACAAUGAGGUCGAGAAGGUCAAGAGCACCCUGAUCUUAUGCUACGGCUACGUGGCCAAGCAUGCCCCCAAGGAGCUGGUGCUGGCCCGGAUCGAUGCCGACUUCCUCCGGAACAUCUUCCUGUACUUCAACACCAAGGUUCUGGGGAUAAAGGUAGAAACCAAGGACCUGACCCUGAAGCUGUGCCUCAUCCAGAGUGUCUGCAUGAUCUGCCAGGCCAUCUGCAGCAGCGCCCAGGCCAGGGACUUCCGCUUCUCCCGCAAGGUGGAGCUUGUCUCGCAGAUGAUGGACUUCAUCAAGGCAGAACCUCCGGACUUCCUGCGCACUCCCAUCCGCCAGAGAGCCAUGGCGGCCUGCAUGUACCUGGUGGUCCUGGAGCCCCCUUUGAAUGAUGCUGAGAAGGCUGAGCUGACAGAGACCUGCUUGGCCAGUGUGCUGCCCCUCCCUCUGCACGAAGCCCUGCGGGAGAGAGACGGGCCGGUGUUGGAGUCCGGGCAGAAAGAGCCUCUGUGGGGUGACACCCUCCAUGCCCUGAAGGACUUGCUGAAGAGCCUCCUCUACCGGCACAUGACCCCUCACGGCCUGCAGACCAUGUUUGAGCACCUGAGCCCGUGGAUCAAGUCCGCCAAGGAGCACGAGCGGGAGCGUGCCGUGGACGUCAGCGCCGCCGUGUUGGAGUUUUAUCGGGAGAAACUCAACGUCAGCGCGCUGGUCCCCUUCUACAACCUGGGGCAGCUGAUGGCGCUCUUCUCCCCCCGCUGCACUGACUCCUUGGCCAGCGUCCGCCAGCAUGCUGUGGACGGCGUCUACGCCCUGCUCUACGUGCAGCUGUACUACGAAGGGUUUUCUCGGGAUCACAGAGACGAGUCCAUAGAGAAACUGAAAGCCAUGAAGCCGGGGCUGAAGGAUCCAGACGUCAACGUCCUUUUCCAGGCCUGCUGCAGCAUUGCCAAGGUCAUGGCGAGGCGCCUGCCCCCGGACCAGCUGCUGAGCCUCCUCCUCUCCAUGCUGGAAGGCCUGGCGGAUCCAGACAGGAACUGUUCGCGCGCCGCCGCCGUCAUGAUCAACUCCAUCCUGAAGGAGCGCGGGGCUGUCUUGGCCGAGAAGGUGCCCGACAUCCUGGACGUGGUGCACGUCCAGCUGCAGGAGGUGGAGGAGGAGGCCGUGCGGAAGGCGGCCCAGCAGACCGUCUACAUCCUGGCCACCCAGCACAAGGCCGCCGUCGUGUCCAGCCUCCUGAGCCACCCACUCCCCUUGGACAGCUACUCCGGCACCAUGUGGAGGGCGCUGGCCUGCGAGCCCACCCUGGCGACCCAAGUCUUGGAGCUGCUGCUGGAGAAAGUGAACCGGGACGUCCCGUACAAGGAGAACAAGUCCUUCUUGCGGGGCAGCGGCCUGGAGCGCGUGGCCACCGUCUUCCCCCUGGCGGCCACAUGUGCUCUGCAUGAGAUCAUGUCUGUCCGGGAGUCUGGGCCGGCCGUCGUGGGCCUCUACGCGGACCUGUUUGUCUCUCUCCUGCUCCGGGUCAGCUGCACGGUGGGUGUUCAGCUCCCCAAGAACAUGCAGGCCAAGGAGAGGAAGAGCGUCGGCCGUGGGCAGCCCCUCCGGGCCCUUGAGCCCUGCAGCUCGGCGGUGGAGACGCUCAAGGCCAUGCUGACCCAGGGCGGCAGCGAAGAGGUGGUCCGGGCGGUGGCCGAGGCGGGGGGCUGGGACAUGCUCAGGAGCCUCGAGAAGCACCACGACGGCGUCGCCCUUCUGGCCAACGCCAUGGCGAAGCGGGCCGGGCCCAAGCUCUCCCUGGUGGUGAAGAACCUCUCGCCCAUGCUCAGCAGCAUCUACGACAGCCAGAGGCUCACGGCCACCGCCUUCUUGGCCGAGCUCCUCAGCAGCAACGUGGCGAACGACCUGGUCCUGCUGGAGCCCAUGAUGGACAACAUGACCGCCCGGCAGAGGGACUCCUGCACCCCCGUGCGCAUGCUGGCCCUUCGCGGGCUGGGCAACAUUGCCUCUGGCUCGCCGGAGAAGGUGAGGAAGCACGGGGCUCAGCUGCUGGCUUCCAUGAUCAACGGCAUGGACGACAAGGACGACCCGCAGCACCUGGUGGCCCUGGAAGCCAUGUCCAGCCUCUCCAAGCUCCUGGCCUUCACGGACGAGCGGGACGUGCGCUCCAUGCUGCUGCACAUCGCCAUCCGCAUCCGGCCCUUCUUUGACAGCGAGAAACACGAGCUGCGCACGUCGUCCAUCGUCCUCUUUGGAAACCUGACCAAGUUCAGCGCCGGGACUUGCGAGGAGGCCUUCUUCGAGCAGAUCCUGAACGGGCUGGUGACGCUGCUGCUCCACCUGCAGGACCCCAAGCCGGCGGUGGUCAAGGCCUGCAAGUUUGCGCUGCGCAUGUGCGGCCCCAGCAUGGGCUGCCCGGUCCUUUGCGACAUGUUCCAAAACCACCUGCAUGAGGGCCGCAGCCUCCAUUACGGCGAGUUCAUGAACGACGUCAGCAAACACCUGAUGCAGAGUUACCCGGACACCCUGAGCCGGCUGGUUGCCACCAACCUCUUCUACUUCAAGAGCAACUGGGCUGACCUCCGAGCUGCUGCCCCCAUGUUCGUAGGGUUCCUCAUCCUCCAUGUCGACCGAGCCCACAGCCAGCAGCUGGACUUGGAUGAGCUCAUUGCUGCUCUCACGGUGCUGCUGAAGGAUCCGGUGACGGCUGUGCGGGUGAAGGUGGCUGAGACCCUGGGCCGCCUGGUCAGGAUUGUUUGAGGGGCUGCUGCGUCCCUCUGGUCCCGUCAAGACUUGCGAAGGGAUGGACUUGGUUGGACCCUCUCCCCCACCCCCCCACCCUCCACCCUCCACCCCGACUGACCUUGCAGCCAGCUCCUCUUGGGCACAUCACGUCUUCCAGAGCAACAGAGCAACCCUCACGCGCACACGUGGGAGCACCACCACCACCACCACCGUCUUGAAGGGGAGAAGGCCCCCGGGUCCGUCACGGCACCCCCUGUGCAGCGUUGCACGUCUGCGAGUCGAAGCGCCUUUCCCACUGUGGCCACGUGGAAGAGCCGCUCUGCGUGGGCUGGCUGGUCCAGGCAGCAGGGCACGGGACUGUUACAGGGCUGCUCUGCUCACACAGACCCCCACCCCCCACCCCCCGGAGCACCGCGCCCGCUCACCUGCCUCAUUCUCCACCAGGCGUGGACCAUCUGCUCUUCGCUACACUGAACCCAGUGCCCUGUCCCCACUGGGGCUUUGGGGAGGGCGCAACCCCCAACCACACACAGAACUGGCAAGGCUCCUCACCCCCCCACCCCUCGCAGGGGCACCUGUCCUAUCGGGGGCGGCGCUCAUGUGCUUCCCCUCCUGCCUCGGUUUGCGGGGUCAAGCGGCUCCUACCCCCUCCAGAGCUUCCACAGGUUUAUCCAUGGUUCCUCCCCGUAGGGAGCGUGUACAUAUGAUCAGACGACUUAUUUUUAAUAAACUAUUUGCUUCUCAGAA